GCAAAUAUCAGACAGGAAGUGAAAGGUUGUAGCGUCUACUCUUGCGCGGCCACGUCAUGUAAACUAAACUACAGCAGUGUGCGCUUUGAAUAAAUAGCAUUACAGCAUUGUAAUUGCGAUUUCUCAAGAAGAGUGACAACUUUACGUCUGCAUUUGGGUUUAAAAACAACGGACUGACUGACUUGUGACCUGGAAGAAGGAUAUCGAAGGCUCAAUUUUGUGCCAAAAUGUCAGAUAUUGGGGACUGGUUCAAAAGCAUUCCGCCUAUCACCCGGUACUGGUUUGCUGGGUCAAUUGCGGUGCCAUUAAUCGGAAAACUUGGAUUAAUCAGUCCUAUGUAUCUUGUUUUAUGGCCUAAGGACUUCUUUCACAAAUUCCAGUUAUGGAGGCCGUUGACGUCCACGUUGUACUUCCCUGUCGGCCCAGGAACGGGGUUCCUUUACCUGGUUAAUCUAUAUUUCCUGUACCAGUACUCUACGCGGCUUGAAACAGGAGUAUUUGAUGGAAGACCUGCAGACUAUGUAUUCAUGCUCCUGUUCAACUGGCUAUGCAUUGUUAUCACUGGUUUAAUGAUGGAUAUGCAGCUCCUGAUGAUCCCUUUGAUCAUGUCAGUCCUGUAUGUUUGGGCCCAGCUCAACAGAGACAUGAUCGUGUCUUUCUGGUUCGGCACCAGAUUCAAGGCUUGUUAUCUUCCCUGGGUUAUCUUGGGCUUCAACUACAUCAUCGGAGGCUCGGUCGUGAAUGAGCUGAUUGGAAAUCUCGUCGGCCAUCUGUACUUCUUCCUGAUGUUCAAAUAUCCAAUGGACCUCGGGGGCAGAUCCCUUCUCUCCACCCCGCAGUUCCUGUACCGCUACCUCCCCAGCAGACGAGGUGGGGUGUCUGGAUUUGGAGCUCCACCCAGCAGAAGACCAGUGCCACAGGAACAGGGUGGGGGUGGAGGAGGGGGAGGGGGUGGACGCCACGACUGGGGUCAUGGUUUCAGGCUGGGAGACGAAUGAGAUGGCACACACGCAUACACGCAACUACGGAAACUACUCCCCCUCCCUUCAACCCGGAGGGCAAAGACUGGGACAUUUGACGUCAGUGAUGCAGAACAUGGAUUUUAUACUUUUUCUUUUUUUCUCUCUCUCUCUCCCUCCCUCCCUCCGACUAUAAAGAUGUGAGGUGUCAAAGGCGUCACACUGCCUGUUCACAUCAGUAUGUUCUUAUUUUCUUCUCUCACUCUCAACGCCAUAUCUUUUUACACUGUAAUGUGUUCUCCAUGUGUGCUGCCAGCUUUUGAGAAGUUGUGAUGUAGGAGUGAGUGGACAAACCCAUUAGUCCACACUACUGUCCCCCACUUUUUUUUUUUUUUUUUUUUUUUUUUAAACAGGCAGCACCUGAGGUAAAGUUAUGACCUCACUCGAUUGUUCCAUCCUUAACGUUCUCUUCAAUUUGGUUUCUGUGCUAUCUUUGAGAACAUCCUGGGACUUCUGUACAUAGAGGGAUUUUUGUUUAAGUUGGGGAAUUUUGGAGGACGUAAAAAAUUCCAUGCAAACACAAAAAGAAAAUAACAUAAAAAUAUAAUACCUGUUUGAUUUGAACCACUUAGUUGUUGUUAAAGUGUGGAAGGCAAAAUGAAGACAAAAAAGAAAAAAGGAAAUUCAAGUGGGUGCUUCUAACGACAUGUAAUGGAAAACUGUGUAGUCUAGCUUUGCAGAUGAUCGUGCUGCCUAAUGCAAGUAGUUGCAAAUCAAGUGGGCUGAAACACUGUGUUGCACUGGAUGAGUCUGCUCGGGGGAUGCUUCCUGUAGCGUCCCAUACUGUCUGCAGAUAAGGGUUCCUCCCACGCUGAUGAUGAAAAUCGAUGGCAAGAGAUCAAAACUCUCUCUUGGCCUUCGUUAGCACUGAGUUAAAACGGGAUACCACUGUGUUGAAAGUUAAUGUCCUCAGAAUCAACAGCUUGCCAAAAUCUCUUUUUCCCUCCAGAAGUACAAUAAACAUGCUAUUUUAGCAUUUAAAAGAA